UUAAAGCAAGGACCUACCUCAACGCAACAGGCUGACACGUCACUCUGGACACCACGCCCACAUAGCUCUUUCUCCACUGCACAUAAGAGGUGAAAGUUUCCUUGUACGCUGACAGCAAACUUUCCUUACAUUUGUCUCGCGUUUUGACCAUAGCAGUAAGCGACUUGAGAGGGGGAGAGUCACUUUAGAUCGACUCUCUGUCCGUUACAGACAUGUCUUUAGCUGACCAAAGUCAGCAAUGGUUUCCGACAAGCGUACAGGUAACGGUACUCCAGGCGAGGAACCUGCGGAUCAAGGGGAAGAAUGGCACCAACGACGCCUACGCCAUAAUGCAAGUGGCCAAAGACAAGUUUUCCACUUCGGUGGCGGAGAAAUGCGUUGCCCCGGUAUGGAAAGAAGAGGCCUCAUUCGACCUACCGCUCUUUCACAACGGUAAUGCGGACCGGUGUACGUUACACGUUCAUGUCAUGCACCGGGCUCUGGUCGGACCGGACAAGCUCCUCGGUCAGGCAGUCGUCAACCUGCUUGAGCUUGAGGAAAAUAAGGCCCGCAGUAAGACAGCAUGGUCCAAGCUGCUGGAUAAAAGCGGCAAGGCAGACAAAGACAGGGGAGAGGUGCUGCUGGACAUCCAGUUCAUGAAGAACAACAUGACGGCCAGCAUGUUCGACCUCUCCGGCCCGGAGAAGAGCCGCUCCCGCAUGGGCAAGCUGAAAGACAAGAUCCGCGGUAAGAAGAAGGAGGGCCUGUCUGACUCUGCGUCCGCGGUGGUGCCCUCAUUCACCCAGGUCCUGACCGACAGCGAGGGGGAGGGCGAGGGAGAAGGGGAGGGUGGCGGCGCCACCUCCACGCCCAAGAAGAAGAAGAACAAACUCAAGUCGCUGUUUGUGCCCAAGUCCAAUCUACAGCGCAACGCGUCCCAGUCCAUGUCCACCCUGGGGCCUCUGCCUGAGAGGGAUUCAGCCCUGGGAUCCAGCCGGUCGUCCGGCCUCAACGUGGACUCUCCUGAAGGCAAAAAGAAAUUCAAGUUUCUGACCCACAAACGCACAGGGAGCUCAGACAGCAGGUCGUCUCUGGGGUCUUUCUCUGGGCAGGGCCACCCGAAGCAGGCUGGUACCCUGCCGAGCAACCUGUGCAUCAACGGCAGCCAUGUCUACGCCGAGGAGCCAGAAACCAAGCCCUCUCGGGCAGGCUCCACCUUCAGCCUGAGCAGCUCCGGUCACGGAUCCAUGGAGGAUCUCCGCAGGAACUCUGCCCAGGGCAGGACCAGCUUCAACGCCUCUGUGGAGUCACUGAGGGCCACUGGGUCACACCUGCAGGCUGAGGAAGAGCAGGAGCGAGAGGAGGAGAGAAAAAGGAGAGAGGAGGAGAAGAGAAGGUUGGAGGAGGAAGAGACAGAGAGGCUGGAGAAGGAGAGGGAGGAACAAGAACAGAGAAGAAUGCAGGAAGAGAGGGCAAGGAUGGAGAGAGAGGCAGAGGAGGAGAGAAAGAGGUUUGAAGAGGAGGAGGAGAGGAUUAAAAAAGAGGAGGAGGAGGAGGAGAGACUGAGGGAAGAGGGGAAAAGGAGAGCUGAGGAAGAAAGGGUGAGGAAAGAGCAGGAGAGGAGAAGAUUGGAAGAGGAAGAGGGGAUUAGGAGGGAGGAGGAAGAGAAGAGGGAGAGGAUGGAGAGAGACAAAGAAGAGGAGAGAUGGAGAAUAGAGGAAGAGAGUAGAAAGGAAGAAGAGAGAAUGAGACUUGAGGAGGAAGAAAAGGUUAAAAGAGAAGAAGAAAGAAGGAAGGAAGAGGAAAGGAGGAUAGAGGAGGAAGAAAGAAGGAAAGAAGAGGAAAGGAGGAUAGAGGAGGAAGAGAGAAGGAAGGAAGAAGAAAGGAGGAUGGAGGGUGAAAAGAGAAGAAAGGAACAGGAAAGGAUGAUGGAGGAUGAAAAGAGAAGAAAGGAACAGGAAAGGAUGAUGGAGGAGGAAGAGAGAAGGAAGGAGCAGGAAAGGAGGAUAGAGGAGGAAGAAGGAAGAAUUCAGGAGGAGAGGGAAAGGAUUUGGAGAGAGGAGGAAGAAAGGAAGGAACUUGAAAGGCAGAAAGAGGAGGAGAUGAAAAGAGAGGAAGAGGGAAGAAAAGCUGAGGAGAAAGAGGAGAGACGAAGGAUUGAAGAAGGACAGAUAAGGAAAGAAGAGGAGAGGAGAAUUGAUGAGGAGAAAGAAAGGAUGAGGAACGAGGAAGAAGAGAGAAAUAAGGCAGAGGAUGAAAGGAUGAAGAAAGAGGAGGAGAGAAAAAUGUUAAAAGAGGAAGAAAGGAUGAGGAGAGAAAAGGAGGAAAGCAAGAGGAUUGAGAGAGAGGAGGAAGAGGAGAGAACAAGAAUUGAGGAGGAGAGGAUUAGAAAAGACAAAGCGAUGAGACUUCAAGAGGAGAAGGAAAUUAUUAGAAGAGAAGGGGAAAGAAUAAGGGUUGAAAGAGAAGAGAAAGCAAGAGAGGAACAAGAAAGACAGAAAGACGAGGAGAGGAUGAAGAGAGAGGAGGAGGCUAGACAAAGAGAUGAGGAAGAGAGAGUGAGGAUGGAGGAGGAAGAACAAAUUAGGAGAGAAGAGGAGAGAAAGAAGACUGAAAGAGAAGAUAGGAGGAGACAGGAGGAGCAGGACAGGAGGAAGAGAGAAGAGGAGGAGGAGGAGGAGGAGAAAACAAGAUCAGAACAGGAGAGAAUGGUGAUGGUGGAGCGUGAGCAGGACGAAGAGCAAAGGAAGAGCAGGGAAGUGGAUGGGGAGGAGCAGCUUGGACGAGACCAGCUCCGCCAUGAUGGGCCACUGCAUGUGCAGACGGAGUCCACUGCAGCCACAAACCCAUUUGAGGACAUCUCCUCCACCCACCUACUUGCUGAGGGUCUCUCCACCACUCCGUUUGAGGAGCCCUCCAUCUCAGCCAAUCCGUUUGAGGAUCACUCUGUCUCAGCCAAUCUGUUUGAAGAGGCGGGAUCUCCACACGACCAACCCAGCCACUCCACCAAAGCGUCUACAGUCAAGCCAAGUUCGACUAGUAUAGGAUUUCAGACACCCUCAAACCCGUUUUUGCCUUCUGAUGAACAUGAGAAUGCGGUCGGUUUCAUCAGCGGCAGCUCAGAGAACCUUACAGAGGUUGGGAUCCCUCACGACCGCACAGAAAAGAAACGCCGUGCACCGUCUCCCCCGACAAAGAAGCUGGGAAGGGAGUCCAAACUGGCUGUACAUCCGAGGACCUCCGCUCCUUCCUCUGAAGGUCAGCCCCACCCGCUGGUGAGGGAGAGUGAUGGCCACGGAGCCCCAGACCCCCCCAGCUCUCGCCAGGACAAGCGGCCAGCUCCCAAACCGCCCGUUCACCUGAGGAAGGUUGAGAAAGCCGAGAACAAGGAGGAAGCCAGGAAAGGAUCAGCACCACCAACCGGGUCUGAGACGAUGACGGUGUGCCAACCAGCAGAGUGUGAUGUGCCAGCCUGUCCAGCACCCACUUUAGCCUCACAAGUGUUCCGAAAUGCACUGCAGAAUUAUGGCCUCUCCUUAAAAGGCAUUGGAAAAGGUGGGAAGACCAGAAGCAAUGGAUCCAGAGUUGGAGAAUCUGUCGACUCACAGAAUUCUGAUGGAAGCAACAAGCAAGCCACAUCUGAGACCUCCACCUGCAUUCAGCCAAGUCAUACAACCAAUCCAUUCUUGGAACCAAAAGUGGCCAAACACAACAAAGGCCCUGCUCCAAAGCCUCAGGCAUCUGGGCUCUCUGAGCAACCACCACGAGAGCGUGACCAGGGUGGUUUAGCAUUGAAGACUGCAGAUCCUAAACUCUCUCUGAGCGAGGAACCCUCCAAUGUGGGUUCUCACAGAAAUGGCGGUGACUUUUCUGAUGGUUGUACAGUGGAAGAGCCCAAGAGGCAAGACGAGGCUGAAAAGUUCCUUGCACAGUGUGCCAAGCCAGAAGACCAGCGCCGUGGUGACCACAGAGGAGAUCCUCAAGGAGAGUCCGCAGACAGAAUGGCUAAACCAUGUUCGGCAGAGGAGCCAAAAGGUGACUCUCUGAGCAGAGAUGUCCAGAAGUUUCCAAAUUUGGACAUCCUGACCUCCGAUGAGUGCGCUGAUGGCCCUAAGCGCAUAUCGGAUAAAAGAAACCGUGCACCCUUACCCCCUGCCAACACACCAAAAACACCACCUCAUUCCCAAGGCCCAAUUUCACUGGUCGUUAAUCCUGAUGUUACCGCCUUACCUCAUGGUGCCAAAGCUGUUGUUGACACACCUGGGGAAGCAAAGGCUCCUUCGGUGGUGACUCAGAGUCCGUCUGGGCAGAGGGUUCGGCUCCAUGCCCGUGUCUCUCCCUCCGACGCCCUGCCCGUCUCCAUGCCAAACAGAGCGGUGGAGGAUGUCUGCAAAACCGGUGGGUCAACGUCGAUGCCACGCAGACCCCACGCAGUAAAGCCUCUGAACGCCCAGGAGCCACCUCCAGCCCCCAGCACGCAGGCUAAGCUGGGGCAAACGGCCAUCAGCAUGGCUGAGAGCGCCCGCACCUGCCCCCGCGCUGGCACAACGGUUCCCCCAGCUGAGCCCAAAGGGCCGUACUCCCAGCUGACCCAAGAGGAGCUGAUCAGCCUGGUGCUGCGGCAGCAGGAUCAGCUGGCUCAGAGGAGAUCAAAGAUCCUGGAGCUGGAGGAGUACAUAGACAACCUGAUACUGCGCGUCAUAGAGGAGCAGCCUAGCAUUUUAAUGUCCCUCAACGCCCUCAAGAAGGGCCGGUAAAUACACACACACACACCCACACACACAUAUAUCUGCACAGGCCAAAAGGUUCCGACACAUGCACACCAGUCUAAACGCAUCAGAAAAUUGCCCCUAAUACACACACAAACACCUCACCAGCCCUAGCGCACCCAAGAAAGCCCACCAGGAUCCCCUAAAACAAAGACAUCCCUCUGCACAGCUGGGAAGGGCCCCACACCACAGCCCAGAAUGCCUAACCACCACCCGCCUCCCCAGAAGGAUCUGUUAUAACACUGGUGCAGCAUGCCCUGGAGGGGCCCCUGGAGAUGCCCUACUUGCACUGAAUGCACAGAAAGAAUGAAGUUAAUACGCUAAAGUCUCAAUUUGGUGCGGAGCCUGAGUUCUUUUAAGUGAGGGUUCUGAAUAAUAAGUGUUUACAGCAGCCUGCAAACACUCAUUUGUCAAUAGACAAACAAGGCCAUAAGCAAUGUAUGCCAGCCUGAACCUGCAAACAUACCCAAUCAAUAGAACAACAGGAAGAUAUUCACAUAGUGUUUGUGUGCCUUUCUUGAGUAUUUUAUACGUUUGUUAUGUUUGUUAUGUUUGCACAAGAAAGAGACCAAGGCAAUGAAGACUUACUGGAACUGAAGGAAAAGUGUAGCAUUUCAAAUAUUCUAUUCAUAGCACUUUAAGGAAGCCUUUUUUCAAUUAAAUAUUGUGUUUCUUGAUAUAUUCCAACUAUCGAACAACGUGCAUCCGUACUGUCGUACAAUUCUAAGAACACUGUAAUAAAAUGUUGUGAUAAGCAAAAAACAAUAAAAAAUAUGAAAUAAAUGAAAAAA